UCAGCCACUUCUAUAUAUACCCACUCAAUUAAGCUCGUCAUUUUUAUUCUCAACAUUCCAUACUUCUCUUCAUUUCACUAACAAACAUUUCUUGUACUAGAGACAAUAUGGCUCCUUUAGGAGACAAUAAAGACAAUGUUGUUGUUUCAAAUUUGAAACUUGAAAGAAUGCUUAGUAUGAAGGGAGGCAAAGGAGAAGCUAGCUAUGUCAAUAACUCUCAAGCUCAGGCACAACAUGCACGAUCAAUGCUACACCUACUAAAAGACACCCUUGACGGAGUUCAGCUAAACUCACCAGACAUUCCAUUCGUGAUCGCCGACUUAGGUUGUUCUUGUGGCAGCAACACGAUUUUCAUUAUCGACGUAAUCGUCGAACACAUGAGCAAACGUUACGAAGCUGCAGGCCAAGAACUGCCUGAAUUUUCAGCAUUUUUUUCUGAUCUUCCUUCGAAUGAUUUUAACACUUUGUUUCAAUUAUUGCCACCUUUGGCUAAUAAUGGUUGUGGAAGUAUGGAAGAGUGCUUGGCUUCUAAUAGUCAUCGGUCUUAUUUUGCUGCUGGUGUUCCUGGUUCCUUUUACCGGCGUCUAUUUCCAGCCAGAUCUAUUGAUGUUUUCUAUUCUGCAUUUUCUCUGCACUGGCUCUCUCAGGUGCCAGAUAUAGUGUUGGACAAGAGAUCCUCAGCAUACAACAAAGGAAAAAUAUACAUACAUGGUGCAAAUGAAAACACAGCUAAUGCAUACAAAAAACAAUUUCAGACUGAUUUGGCUAAUUUCUUGGGAUCAAGGUCCAAGGAAAUGAAGAGUGGUGGUUCUAUGUUCUUAGCUUGUUUGGGUAGGACUUCUGUGGACCCUACAGACCAAGGUGGGGCCGGACUUCUCUUUGGGACCCAUUAUCAAGAUGCUUGGGAUGAUCUUGUCCAAGAGGGUCUAAUUACUAGUGAAAAGAGGGACAAGUUUAACAUCCCAGUAUAUGCACCAAGCAUUCAAGAUUUCAAAGAAGUGGUAGAAGCCAACGGCUCAUUCAAAAUCAACAAUCUCCAAGUUUUUAGGGGAGGUAGCCCUUUAGUGGUUAACCACCCGGACGACGCUACUGAAAUAGGACGAGCCCUCGCUAACAGCUGCAGGAGCGUUAGCGGGGUGCUCGUCGAUGCCCACAUUGGCGAACAGCUCAGUGACGAGCUGUUCAGCCGAGUGGAGGAACGUGCCACACGCCAUGCAAAAGAACUCCUUCACAAUCUUCAGUUUUUUCAUAUUGUUGCUUCACUUUCUCUUGUGUAGAAAAUUAAAUGUUUAGAAUUUCAAAAGAGACACAAGGGGCUAGUGAAAGUCUAUAUGUCUCCGGUUUAGAAUGAAAUUGUUAGAUUUCGACUGACUGUAGUUUGGCUUGGCUGAUAAUAUAUGGAUGGAAAAAUUCAAAUUAA